UUAAUCCAAAGUCAGUUUUAUCCAGAUCUAGUUACCUUAUUUAUCCUAUUUAUCCUAUUUCUUCUAUUUAUCCUGCUUUUACGCUAAUUACACGCUAAUUAUAUAUCAUAUUCAAAUAUAUUUAAUAACUAAUACAUCAAUCUAAUCCCAUCUUUUACCUCUUCACCUGCUACUUCUCCACUUCUCAAUCCAGCCUUUUCCAUUCGUUGUUUCCUCUUUCUCUACUUACUUUACCUCCCUUAUCUUUUUAAUCAUUCAUGUCUUCCUUCACCAAAGCCGACUUGCAAUCCCAAAAAGAAAAAAACAAAAAUCUGUUGAAACAAAGAGAAAUCAAAAUCAACCAGCUCAAACAGAAAAAAAUUGAGUUAGAAAAGAUCAACCAACUAAAUAACGCCUUGAUUAAAAUAAAUAAUGCUGAAUUCCAAGAUAUUUCCUUUGAUUAUAACAAACCACAAUUCUCCCUAACCUCCUCCUCUUCAUCUUCUUCAAAGAGAUCCUUAUCUUUUUCUUACUCAAAUCCUUCAAAUACAAUCAACUCCUUCAGUCGAAGCACCCUAAGUGUAUCAAGCAACAACAACAACAACACAAAAAACAACAAUGACCAUAAUAACUCAUCCUCCUCUUUAAACAAAUACUCAAAGGGCUCAAGACCAAGCGAUAACCUCAUAAACCUACACUUUAAAAAAUCUUUCAUCCCAAACAACUUCAACGGCUCUCUCCUAAGAUCCUCCUCCCUAUCUUCCUCCACAGACCUCCACAACCCAUCCCCAAUUAACAUCAACAACGACACAAAUAUUAAUCUCAAAAAAUUAAACUCAAGACCCAUAUCAAAUGAUUCAAUCACCUCCUCGGAAUCUGGAAACUUCAUUUUUGAUUCACAACUAACCUCAAACUCAACUUCAAAUUCGAACUCAAGACUAUCCUCUCUAACAAGCAUUGAUUCUCAAAACAUACUUCCUUUCCAAUUUGAUAACCAAAAAUCAAUCUCUCAAGAUGUUAACCCAAUUCCGAAUUUUAAUAAUUAUUUAAACAACAUCAUAUCAAAAAAUAUUAAUAGCAACAAUAAUGACAGCCCUUACGAUGAUUAUGAUAAUAUAAAUAUCAACUCCAACUUCAACUCCAACACCUACAACCAAAACAACACCAGCAAUACCCCCUUUCCUGACUACCAUCCCAAUCCAAACCCAUCUCACAACACUCAUGUUCGCGCUGAUUCAGUUGCAACUGAAAAUACUGUACUAUCAAAUAUAAGCGAAAACACCUUGGUCAGAGUUAACAGUAACAACACGAACACAAGCACAACAACUAUUGCAAGCAACAACACACUAUCUCAAUUAAACCAAAAUAAUAUCCCUACCGCCACCACUACCACUACCACUACUACCAACAACUUCGAUUCAACUAAAUUGGAAAAUAACUCCCUAAAAAGAAUAGCUAAACCCUCUUUAAAAUUGGGAAACUUAUCAAAUCUAAAACACCCAAACUUCUCUGAAGCUGAAUUAGAAAAACAUACCAGAAUCAAUACUCAUAUAAACUCAAAACUAAUACCAAUCAAAAACUCAAAUUCUCCCUAUAAUUCAAACUUCUCUCCUUCUGAUCAAAAUAAUUUCAAAAGAUUCCAAUCAAUGCCUUCUCUACAAAAUGUCAUAAAAAAUAAAAAUGAUCCUAUCCCCUCUAAUCCCGAAUUUGACCUUAAUAGUCAAAAUAAUCAAAAUAACUCCCACAUUUCUAACCCUCAUCAUAACGAUUAUUACCAAAAUACUCUCUUUUUCGACUCUCAGGAUUCUCACAACAUUUUAAAUGUUUAUAAAAAUUCAAACGCUUUUGCUCAAUCAAUUGGCCUGGAUUUAUCCCGUAAACUAAGCCAAUCAAAAUAUAGAAAUGAAUUACCAACAAGCUCUUUCAACCCAUCCCAGAAUUUAGUUCCUUACCCUCCUGAUUCAAAUCUAACUCCAGGCCAAAAAUACCAGCUAAAAAGACAAAUGUCUCAAUCAAAACUACUCAAAUCAAAUAACCACCAAAAUGAUGUUAUCAUUAACACAAAUGAUGAGUUACUAUCCGAUGAUGACCCUUUAUUAUACAAUAUACCCUUUGCUUCUGGUUCCGCUGCAACUUUAUUCACAAAACAAAAUGGAAAAUCUGAAAAAUUUAUGAAGCAUGUCUUAAAUGAUUCUCCAUCAGCUUUACCUCCAUCUCCCUUAGUUGAGCCCACUUUAAACUCCCCUGAUCUUCAAUUUGCUAAUGCCUUAUCAGCAUACUACAAAUCUUGCUCUGAUAAUUAUAUUAAAAAAGAAAUGAAAAAAAGAGAAGAAAACUCUUUAAGAUUACCUUCCUUUAUAUUAAAUCAAGCUGAAGUUGAAAGUUUAUCAUCUUGCUCCUCUAUGAGCUCCAAAACUUCCAGAGAUUCUAAAUUGUCAAUAUUUUCUUCCUCUUCAAAUUCAAGCUUAACCUCAACAGAGAAAAUACACUUGGAAGACUUAAAAUUAAUCUCCGCAGAAAAAACUGAAGUCUUAUCUCAAACAAGACCAAUGUGGUUACCACCUAAACUUCAGCAAGAGAAACAGAAACAUGAUGAAGAACUUCAAAAUCUAAUUUUUUCUCUACAGAAAAAGGAACUCAAAAGAAAUAGUUUGCAGCAGAAAAAAAUCGAAUUAGAUCAAAAAAAUGCUCAAAAAUGGUUUGAAUUGAGUGUCAAAGUUAAAGAAGUUCACAAAAAUUCCAUCUAUGAAAUGUCUAAAUUGUGCUGGAAAACAAAUAUUCCUCAAAAACUUAGAUUUAAAAUCUGGUUCGAUAUUCUUACCUAUUAUAAUAAAAAAAAUGGCUUAUCUGAAGAAAUUGAGUCAUUGACUUUGCUUAGCAAUAAGCUAAAAACAAUCGAUAUAUCUUAUAAGGAAAUUGAGAUUGAUUUGAUUAUCGAAAAAUUAUAUCCUCAUUUAGAUAAGUUCCAAAAAGGUUGCCCGCUUUAUGAUUCAAUAAAAAAUCUACUAUUAUGUAAAUCAAUUUCGAGAAAUGGUUUAAAUUUUGGUGAUGAAAUUCUUAGCGCUAUACUAUUGUUAAAUUUCACAAAACAAGAAACCUUUACUUUGAUCAAUUUGCUUGAUAAAAAUGUUCUAAACGAUGUUUUUGUUGAAAAAUUCGAUAAAAACAUUAAAACAAAUCCUGCAUUAAAAAAAUAUUUGUCCAAGUUUUUUGAUGAUGAGCUUUCAAAUCUUAAUACUAGGGUCUUAUUUAAAAUGCUUCUUAAAAUUAACAAUCAAUUGAUGAUACAAAUAUUAGAUCAUUUAAUAUUGAAUAAUAAUUAUAAAGUAUUCUAUUGCAUGUUCUUGGUUGUAAUAAAAUUUUAUCAUUUUGGUUUUCUUGAUAUCAGUGAUUUGAUUAAGAAUGAAGAUAAACAAGUAAAUAUUCCUAAUGAUAAUGACUUUUUGGAAAAAUUUGCUCAUUAUUACAAAAAAUUUUAGAUAUAAGCUUUUUUAUUAAAAGUACAUGGUUUAUUUAUUGGUAACGAUAGAUCACUUAUAUUCUAAUUAUUUCACUACUUAUGCUCUAGUUUGUUUUUUUGUUUUCAAUUUUCACUAGUAUGCUUUUUUUUUUUUUUGUUCCAAUCUUAUUUUAAGCUGGAU